GGGCGUGAGGUAGGCUAACGGGAGUCAGAGGGCCACGAGGUGCACAUUUAAAACAGUCAGGUGACAGAACCACGGCGUCCAGUACAUUCACUUCGGUUUUCUCUUCCGUUGAGUUGAGCUAGUCCUCAUUAUCGUUUGUUUAAUUAAAAGAUAAACUUAACUGUUACUGUAGACCAGUAGGCUGAGCUAUAAUUUACACCUGACCGGUUGAAACGGAAAGAGCAGCGGAAGAAACUUCUUUCCCACCGCCGCGGAUCAGCUGUCUCUCCGUCGUCGAGUUACCGAUCAGCAAGUUACGGCAACGGAACUCCCCUGAGCGACUGGGAUUAGAAACGCAGUCAGUCAGCUGUCCAUGGAAAUUUUUAUAUAAUUCAAAUCAAGAAGAGUAAAAAAGGUUGUCUUCAGUCGGAACGAGGGGACACCCCAAUUCACUUUUCCAGCCCCAAAAGAUGAACUACGAGCAGCCCCCCCCCUACGGGGGUGUGCCGCCCCCCACCGCCCCGGGCUACCCUGGCCCCAUGGCCCCAGCCUACCAAACCCAGCCAGGGUACCCAGACCCAGCCUACGCCCCCCAGCCACAGGCCUACCCCACCCAGGGAUACCAGACCCAGGCCUAUCCAGCUGGCUCCUUUCCCCCCGGGCCCCCAGAAGUCUACCAGGCCCAGCCGGGGUACCAGGGGUACCAGGUGCCCCCCCCAGGGCCCCCCCACCCCCAGUACGGCUGGCAGGAUGGCCCCCCUGGGGCUCCCAUGUACGGAGACCCUGCUAAGAACACAGUGUACGUGGUGGAGGACAGGCGGUCAGAGGGAAGAGGAGGAGGAGGAGGGGAGGCGUGUCUCACCGCCUGCUGGACAGCCCUCUGCUGCUGCUGUCUCUGGGAUAUGAUGACCUGAGAUACCACGACCCCUGACCCCCAACAAGACCCUACCAUGACCCCUGAAACCUGACCCCCACCAAGACCCCAAGAUUUUACCAUGACCCCUGACCUGACCCCCACCAAGACCCUAGACUCUUAUCAUGAACCCUGGCCCCUACCAUGACCCCUGAACCUAGACUUGAUCCACGAACCAUCACCCUUGAACCCUGACACCAUCAUGAUGCACCAUCAUGCACCUUGAGGAGUUUACGAGAUGGAUUUCCUCAGUGGUCCAUGAACCUGACCCCUGACUCCAACCCUCAACAAGCCAUCCGUUCUCAAGUGUCCGUUCUUUCCUUUUUAUUGUGAUUCACAUAGAGACCUGUUGACCUGUCAGCCCUGUUGAACAUGUGAGAUCUUACAUGCGAUAAGGUUAACAAAUUGUCCAUCUAGAUAUUAACACCUCAUAUUGAUGUAUUUCUGUUUUCAUGUUAGAAGUGUGUUUGAAUUAUAAUGGUUUGAGAUGUUUUAUGGUUUUCUGCCGGUAAUAAAAAACAUUGUUUCUCCCUC